AUGGAAGCGGGUGAGAGGAGGACGGAUGAGGAGGACCGAAGAGGAGGACCAAAGUGUAGGAUUGAAGAGGAGGACCAAAGAGGAGGACCAAAGUGUAGGAUUGAAGAGGAGGACCAAAGAGGAGGACCAAAGAGGAGGGCCGAAGAGGUGGACCGCAGAGUAGACCAAAGAGGAGGACCAAAGUGUAGGAUUGAAGAGGAGGACCAAAGAGAAGGAACGAAGAAGAGGACUGAAGAGGAGGACCGAACAGGAGGACCGAACAGGAGGACCGAACAGGAGGACCGAAGAGGAGGCCCGAUGAGGAGGCCCGAUGAGGAGGACGGAAGAGUAGGAUGGAAGAGAAGGACGGAAGAGAAGGACGGAAAAGGGAGUCCCAAAGAGGAGGGCUGA